ACAACUGACUAGGUGACUGACUGCACAACAGUCUGCGUCAAUAUGAGAGGUACAACUGUUAUUCUCCUGCUUAUUGAAAUUACUUUCAUAGCGUUUUUAACACAAAUAUCAGAAGGUAAGAAAUUCGAUGCCGAAAUAAAAGAAGAAAAUUUAGACUACUAUCUCAGGAAUGUUUUUAAUUUUACAAGAAGCUACGUAUCUAUCAGUAAUAAGGAGAUUGUACGAAGCUACAUCCAAAAUAAAUUCGAGGAUUUAAAAUCAGAAAGAAUAUUGACUUUUACUCAAAACUUUACAUAUACAUCUGGCGAAAUUAAGGACACUGGUAAGAACUAUGUUUUAUUGAUCAAAGGAGAAAACUAUGGUAAAGCUAGUGAUGAAGUUUUGGUUGUUGGUGCUCAUUACGACUCACAAAAGAACACACCAGGUGUUGAUGAUAAUGGAUCUGGAAUGGCAGCUCUUUUAGAAAUGGCAACAGUUCUUAGUAAAACAGCGUGUAAGAAUAUUCAUACCAUUAUUCUAGUUGCUUUCGAUUAUGAAGAAUUUGGUCUCGUUGGUAGUGAGAAUUUUGUAGAUCAAUGGCUUUUACCUGAAAUUUUAAAUAAGCAUAAUUCCACUCUACAAGUGGCUCUUAUUCUUGAGACAAUCAUGAAUUACAACGACACAUCUAACUCGCAAUCAUUUCCCCCGAAUUUUAAUCAGAUGGCGCCAGAUACUUACGCUCAUUUAACGAGGAAUGACUUUAAAGGUGAUUUUUUAACCUUAAUAGGCAGGAUAGAUGAUAAAUCACUAGCUAUGGAAAUUAUCGACGAGUACGAUAUAGACGGGAUUAUAAAUUCUAAUUGUUUGAAUAUAACAAUUCCAAUAAGCGGUAAGCCUUCUCUAGGACAUCAGAACCUAUUUGCAGAUUUCUUUAGAAGUGACCAUACGUCAUUUUGGUUAAGAAACUUGAAUGCAUUAUUCAUAACUGAUACAGCAAACUUUAGAGGAAUAAUGGAAUUAUGUUAUCAUAAUACGUGCGAUAAUGUCAAUACGAUGAUAAAUUCAAAUAAUCUAAAAUUUCUCUUAAAGAAUACCCGAGCCCUAACAAAUUUCGUUUAUUCCAAAACUUAUGCAAAUAAGGAAUGCGAUGGGAAGGAUGGAUCGAGCAACAGCACAAGAAAUUUACAAUCUACAUUUAUCAUCUUGUUAUCGUAUUUUCUAUAUCACAUUGCUGUAGGAAAACAAUAGAAAAUACCUUAAUGACUAUUUUUCGUUUUUUGAAAUAUAUGCAAAGUGUAGUUUACCAUUUACAGUUCUUAUCUUUUCUCCGUUUUUCUACUUGAACAAUAGAUGGCGUAUUAGUAACAUAGUGAUUUAUUUUUGUUAAAAAAGGUGGCGUCUCCAAAAUAGAAUUAGAAGAGAAAAUUCUAUAGUAAAUUAUAAUCAUACAAUAAUAAUAUAUAGAAAGUAUAGUCUGGUUAGGCAAUUUGGUGUAUGCUAUGCAUUUAUUGAAAUAGCAAUUAGUUUUAUUGAUAAAAAAGAAAACGCUUUUUGCAGUAUUUAAGUUAUAUACAUUUAGCAGUUUUUGUUUAUUGUUUGAUACAUUUAUUUAAUUAAUUGCAAUAUAUGUACAUAGUUAGGGCUGUAGGAUGAUAGGCAACGAGAAAAAAUAUUAUUAUAAUAUCGAUAUAUCUUAAAAAUUGCUCUUUUGACUAUCUAUUUGUCGG